CUUCAUAUUUUGGAGUAUUUUUUAGCUGAAUCUCAAAUUUUUGCAGUUUGGAAGGACAGGGGUCUUCUUACUGUUUCUGAGGGACUUUUUUUCCUGAAUCUCAGGGGUUUGGAUUUUUCUGGGCUGAAUCUUGGUGUUUUGGAGGUUUUUAUGGACACAGGGUGCCCAGUGAGUUCUAGAGGUGGACUUGGGCAGGAGGAACCCCCAAGCCAACGUGCUCAGCCCUUGUUUUCCCCCCCAGCAGGAUUUCUCCUUCCCAAAGCCUGGGCAAAUGGAGGAGGAGGCUGCGAGGAAGAGGAAGAUGCCUCGGGCCCCCCAGGCAGGCCCCGAGCUGAGGACGGAGAGCACAGAGGACAAAUCCCCCCGACAGAACCUGGUGGGAGAGGCCAUUUUGAACGGCUCCAUGGUGCAGGAAGGCAGCAGGGAGGAAAAGGGUCGGAGAUCUCCGCAGAGGAGGGGCUCCAAAGCCAACCUGGGGUGCUCUGAGGAGGAAAGAGCCAGCCUGUACCGGGAAGGCGGCCAGAGCUUGAGCCAGAUCUCUAACCUGGUGGUCCUUGAACAGCCUCCCACCAAGGAAAAGCCCUUCAAGUGCUUGGAAUGUGGGAAGAGCUUCAGAAAGAGCUCCAGCCUCCUCACCCACCAUCACAUCCACACUGGGGAACGGCCCUACACUUGUGGGGAAUGUGGGAAGAGCUUCAAGUGCAGCUCUAACCUCCUCAUCCACCGUCGUAUCCACACUGGAGAACGGCCCUACCCGUGUGGGGAAUGUGGGAAGAAGUUUCAGACCAGUUCACAUCUCCUCGACCACCAGCGGACACACACGGAUGAGAGGCCCUUCCGCUGCACUGACUGUGGGAAGGGCUUCAACCAAAACUCCCACCUCAUCAUCCACCAGCGCAUCCACUCCGGGGAGAGGCCCUACAAGUGUGGGGAGUGUGGGAAAAGCUUCACCCACAGAUCUGCCUUGACCAAACACCAACGGACCCACUGGUAAGGAAAGUCCUGCAAGUGCCCCAACUGCAGGAAGAACUUCAGCCACUGCUUCCACCCUGAAUGAACCCCCUGAUGGUGAGGCAACCCCUGGAGUCCAGUGACUGUCAGUCCGUCCCUUUCAACCCCUUUCACAGGGACAGGUUCUUCCAACAGAACCUAUGGUGUAUUAAUAUAAUACAAACCACGUAGACCUGGCUAGUUUGGGGGUUCUCAACCAAUUCUUCUUUAUUCAAAUGAGACAACAGUUUAUAUAUGGGUUAACACAUCACACCAGCGCGGCGUGCCC